AUGAACCAGGACUUGCGACUCAUCAUUCUAAAAGACCUGCCCCAUGUGCUGCCCACGUGCUGUCUUAUGUGCUGCCUCACUUGCUGCCCCAUACGCUGCUGCCCUGUCUGUCUCUCCUCCCCACCAACACAGGUGCAACAGCCAGACCUGGCUGGCGUAUCGCACGUGAUGGUGGACGAGAUACACGAGAGGGGAAUGAACGAGGACUUUCUUCUCAUCAUCUUGAGGGAUCUACUAAAUCACAUGUUGUCCCCUGUGCUGCCCUACACGCUGAACCACGUGCUGCCCCGCAGACCUGGCAGGCGUGUCCCAUGUGAUGGUGGACGAGAUACACGAGAGGGGAAUGAACGAGGACUUGCUUCUCAUCAUCUUGAGGGAUCUGCUGCCUCACAUGUUGUCCCCUGUGCUGCCCUACACGCUGAACCACGUGCUGCCCCGCAGGUGCAACAACCAGAUCUGGCAGGCGUCUCGCAUGUGAUGGUGGACGAGAUACACGAGCGGGGAAUGAACGAGGACUUCCUUCUCAUCAUCUUGAGGGAUCUUCUGCCGCGCCGCCCCGACCUGCGCCUCGUGCUCAUGAGCGCCACCAUCAACGCCGAACUCUUCUCUGAUUACUUCAAUAAAGCUCCCAUGGCGCACAUCCCGGUGAAGUACUUCAACAAGGCACCCAUGGCACACAUCCCGGUGAGUGAAUGGUGUGGUGGUGCCUGCCGGCCUCUAAAUCGUCUCCCCUGCCGCCCCGACCUGCGCCUCGUGCUCAUGAGCGCCACAAUCAAUGUGGAGUUGUUCUCGGAGUACUUUCACAAGGCCCCCAUGAGGCACAUUCCGGUGAAUUCAGGUGGUGUCUGUCUGGAUGACCUGCGUCUCGUGCUCAUGAGUGCGUUGACUUUUGAGUCGACUCAAAAGUCAACGCUGCCAUCACACUCGUUCCGUCCUCAUCAUAUUGACUUGAGGGAUGACAUGCGUCUCGUGCUCAUGAGUGCGUUGACUUUUGAGUCGACUCAAAAGUCAACGCUGCCAUCACACUCGUUCCGUCCUCAUCAUCUUGACUUGAGGGAUGACAUGCGUCUCGUGCUCAUGAGUGCGUUGACUUUUGAGUCGACUCAAAAGUCAACGCUGCCAUCACACUCGUUCCGUCCUCAUCAUCUUGACUUGAGGGAUGACAUGCGUCUCGUGCUCAUGAGAAUCCGCCGCCCCGACCUACGUCUCGUGCUCAUGAGUGCGACCAUCAACGCGGGGCUGUCCUUUGAAAUCGCCAACAAGGCCCCCCAUGGCGCACAACCCGGUGACUCUUGGGGCUUCACCCACCCUGCAGCAGCUGUUUCUAGAGCACGUGUUGGAGCGCACGCGCAUUCCCGUCAGGGACCAGGGGCAGCAGGGAGGAGGAGGGGGGUUCUCUCGUGUGCCUAUCUGAUCAUGCCCCAUCACCUCUCUUCCUUCCCUGCUGCCCGCACCACCUCUUUUCCCCCCCACCACCUCUUUUCCUCCCCUGCUGCCCCCACCACCUCGCUUGCUCCUCCGCCCGCUGCCCCUGUCGUCUCUCUUUCUCCUACACUACUCCACAACUCCUACAGGGGUUUCGCACACCCGGUGCAGCAGCUGUUCCUAGAGCACGUGUUGGAGCGCACGCGCAUUCCCAUCAGGGGGCUAAUCUUGAUGUGGACGUGUUCUCAAACUAAGGAAACGGGUAGAAAGCUGGCUGGACGUUUUUCUUGGCAGGAUGUGGACGUGUGGUCUCACUACUCCGCUCUCACCCGGACCACUCAAGAAUCCCUUUACAACUUCUCUUCAGAUAAGCUAGACAUCGAUCUAGUGGCAUCCGUGGUGGAGCAUAUAUGGAGUGCCACCCUCUCCACCCCUUUCCACCCCGUUCCACCUGUCUGCACCCCUCUGCACCCCUCUCCAUCCGUGGCAUGGCAGGAUGUGGACAUAUGGUCGCACUACUCUGCCUUCACCCGACCCACUCAAGACGCGCUCGCCAAUUUCUCUUCAGACAAGCUAGACAUUGAUCUAGUGGCAUCCGUGGUGGAGCAUAUCUGCAGUGCCACCCCUCUCCACCCCUCUCCACCCCUCUACAUCCCUGGCAUGGCAGGAUGUGGACAUAUGGAUGUGGACAUAUGGUCGACCUACUCUGCCUGCAGCCGCCCCACCCAAGACUCGCUCGCCAAUUUCUCAGCAGAAAAGCUAGACAUUGAUCUAGUGGCAUCAGUCGUGGAGCAUAUAUGCCGGAACGAGGCCGAGGGGGCCGUGCUGGUCUUUUUGACGGGCUGGGACGAAAUUUCGAAGCUGCUGGAGGUGCUCAAGGCGAUGCCUGUCGCCGGGCAGCCGUCGAAAGUUUUGCUGCUGCCCCUGCACGGGUCGAUGCCAACGAUUCAGCAGAAGGACAUUUUCAACCGCCCGCCUCCCGGAGUCAGAAAGGUGGUCCUGGCGACCAACAUAGCGGAGACGAGCAUCACAAUUGAUGACGUGGUUUUUGUGGUGGACUGUGGAAAGGCCAAGGAAACUUCCUACGACGCUCUAAACAAGCUGGCCUGCCUGCUCCCCUCGUGGAUUUCCAAAGCCUCGGCCCACCAGAGGAGGGGGCGGGCGGGGCGCGUUCAGCCGGGGAUUUGUUUCCACCUCUACCCGAAGCUGGUUUAUGAUUCGCUGCUGGAGUUUCAGCUGCCCGAGAUUCUGAGGACGCCCCUGCAGGAGCUGUGCGUGCAGAUCAAGCAUUUGGAGUUGGGGCACGUGCAGGCAUUCCUGUCUAAAGCCAUGCAACCACCAGAAGCGCUGGCAGUGCAGAACGCAGUGCAGCUGUUAGAGACCAUCGGAGCAUUCACGCCUGACGAGCAACUCACCCCCCUCGGAUGCCACCUGGCCGCCAUUCCCGUGGAGCCCCGGAUUGGAAAGAUGCUAAUUUUUGGGGCCAUUUUCAACUGCCUCGCCCCAGCGCUCACCAUCGCUGCCUCCCUGGCCUACAGAGACCCCUUUGUCCUUCCUCUCGAGAAGAAGGAGCUGGCAGAUGCAGCCAAGAAGGAGUUCUCAAAGGACUCCAGGAGCGACCACAUCACACUUCUGAACGCGUUUGAGGGGUGGCGAGUGGCGAAGCAGCAAGGCCUGGAGCGCCGCUUCUGCUGGGAUAACUUCUUAUCGGCGCCGGUGCUGCAGAUGGUGGCGGACAUGCGAGGGCAGUUCCUGCAGCUGCUGAGCGAUAUUGGGUUCUACGACCCCAGACUGGGGCUCCAUGAGUACAGCAAGCUGGCAUCAGAUCAAGAGAUGCUCUCUGCUGUGAUCUGUGCGGGCCUCUAUCCCUCUGUUGCUCAGAUUCGCCGGCAGGGAACGCGGUUUGUGUUAUUCACAAAGGACGAUGGGCAGGUGAAGAUCCACCCUUCCUCAGUCAACGCCUUCUGCCCCUCCUUCUCCCGCCCCUGGCUCGUCUACAAUGAGAAAGUCAAGACGUCCGACAUCUUCCUCAGGGAUUCCACCAUGGUCUCUGAUUUCGCCCUCCUCAUGUUCGGAGGCAACUUCGAGCCCGCCCCGGCCGGCCGCAUGGGCUUUGACAUGCUGGGGGGUUACCUACACUUCAGCGCUUCAGCUCAGACGGCUCAACUUGUGCAGGACCUGAGGCAGCAGCUGGAUGGGCUCCUGAGGGAGAAGAUCGAGAACCCAUCCCUGGACGUGCAUGCACAGGGGGAGAGGGUCGUGGCAGCAGUGCGUAGCCUCCUCUCCUCCCCUCAUGCGAAUUCGGUCCCCCCUGAGGAGGCUGGAGGCGAAUUGGAUCUAACCGAAGACAACGGCUACUUCAUUCUACUGCGGCACUUCGCUCUUUUGGGUGGCCUUUCCCCUCCAAGCCGAUCUUCGCUUGACGAGGCCACCCCUUCCAGCUGUGACGCCUAA